AUGAGUCAAGCUUCAACGAUCUCAACAAUUACCAGUUUCUCAGAAAAUAUGUUCCUAGUUGAAGGUGUAACGGAUAUGUCAUCCUCGCCGUUAUCCAUUCCAGAGUGCCUUUCAAGAAUUUUUGAAUUCCUUUGGGAUGAUAAAAAUUCUUUAACUUAUUUUGCAUGCUUUGAUGAUCAAAUUCAAUGGUCUUUUAUUCGGAAUUGGAUGUUAUAUCCUAUUAUUGACAAAUCACCUUCUCAUCCAACUUUAUUUGAUUAUCCAUCGUUUUUACGACAGCUUGAUUUACGUUCUAUGUUUAGUUUAAUCAAUACCUGGUUUGUGAAAACUGCAUCAAACGAGAUACAAAAACGAUUUAAGGAGAGUGAAAUUUGCAUUAUUUUAAUUUCCAAUAAAUUACUUGAAUUAUUUUUAAGUCAUUGUCAUGUUUUGGAUACUUUAAUUCUUUGGUCUGGAACACCUGAUUAUAUUACACUUACUCAAGCAUUAUCAGGAAAAAAUACUUGUAUAUCACGAUUAACUACACUUCAAAUUGAAGGAAAUUAUCAUGAUAUUGAUUUAUUUACAUUAUCUCAACAAUGUUUUCAUUUAAAAAAAUUAUUAAUAGAUGUUGAAGUUACAUAUUAUGGAAUGAAUAUGUUGAUUAAUCUUAUUCAAGUUCAACAUAAUUUAGAGCAUUUUAGACUUGGUUUUAGACCAGAGAAUAAUGGAUUUACAAAUCAUGUUACUCCACGUCUUCUCACAUCAUUAUCAUCACAAACUAAAACUUUACAUACAAUUGAAUUUAAUAGAUGUAAUUUUCUUGAAUGUGAUGAUUUAAAAGAACUUACAGAAUGUGAAAAUAUUCGUCAUUUAAUAUUAUGGAAAUGUGUUAGUAUAGGACCAGAUAAGAUGCGUACAUUACAAAAUACAAAUUUUAGUAAAUUAAGAAGAUUAGAAAUUUAUGUUCAUCCUGGAAUUUCAGCUGAUAUGGUUAUUAAAAUUAUUCGAGAAUCAAAUAAUCAAUUACAAAGUUUAAGACUUGCAGGAAUAACACCUCAAUCAGAUUUAAUUAAAGUUUUAGCUGUAAUGACAAUUAAUUGUCAAAAUCUUACAGAUUGUAGAUUAGUACUUAAAGAUGGAGAUAAUAACGCAUUUAAUUCUUUAUUAUCAUUUUUAGAUGUUUCAAAUAAGUUAGAAAUUCUUUAUAUAACUUUUACUGAUAGAACUUAUCCUAUAUGUAAAUAUGAAGAGAUGGCAAAACAUUUACCAACUGGUUUACAUGAACUUGUUUUUCGAGAUUUUUUAUUUACUCCACAAUCACUUGAAGCUUUUUUGGAGAAUAUGAAUAAUUCAUUUCAAUCUUUAAGUUUUUCAAAAAGAUAUUUUACUCCUGCACAUAUUGAUAUUAUUAUUAGAUAUGUUAAAAAGAAUUCUAAUUUAUUUCGAUUGAUGAAACAUUCUCGAUAUAUGUCUAUAAAAUCAAGAUCAACAUCAU